AUGAGAAGACGCUCCUCAGUAAGCCACGGCGCUCGGCCUGCUGAGAGAAUACCUUCCCCGACGGCAGUGACAAUUUACCCGACAUCAAUCGUCGACGGCAAGCUCGAGAACUGCGCCUCCAAAGGCAUGCCUGACUGGCUCCUGCUAGCCGUGCGUCCUGGUGGCAUCCAUUGCCAGCUCAGGCGCCGCUCGGACUCGGUUGACGGCCGCCCAAGUGCUUGGCUCGUGCCCAGCCGACCGGCAGGCGAUGCCCACUCGCUGCUAGGCUAA